AUGGACCUGCAGCCCCCACUGACCCCCCGUGUCCUGCUCCAGCUGCAGGCUGAGGCUUCAGGGGCCGUGGGGCUGUUGGGGGACCCUCUCCAGCCCUCCUUCGCUCUCGGGGUCCCCCUGACCCCCACCCUUUCAUACCCCAGGCGCUACUUCGUGGACCUGAACAGCAUGAAGGAGCACUUCAGAUCCAAGGUGCACAAGAAGAGGCUGAAGCAGCUCCGCGAGGCUCCGUACACGCAGGAGGAGGCCGAACGAGCCGCUGGGAUGGGCUCCUACAUCCCCCCGGAGAAGGUGGAGGUGCAGACCCAGCCCCUCGAGGAGGUCGCCGAGAUGGAGACGUCCAGCUGAGCGCAGGGACAGCGUGCUGAGAGGCUGAGUGGCUCUGUAAGGACGUCUUUUUCCUCAGCUUUGUGACAAA